AUGUUUUUAUCCGAUUCCGUUUGUUUUCUUUUACAUUUUUCCCCUUCUUUUCCUUCAUUUAUUCUCAUUUUCCUAUUCACCAUUUUUCUCCUUUCUUCCUUUCCUUUUUCGUUUUCACAUUUUCAUUUUAUUUCGCAUUCUUUCUUUUCUUUCUUCGUUCUUUUAUUUCUUUCGCCAUUCUUCUCUCUAUUUGACCUUUUCCUCUUUCGUUUAUUGUUCUUUUCUUCUUCUUUUUUUUACAUUAUUUUCUUUUUUCCCCACAUUAAUUUCUUAAUUUCCUGUCUUCGUCUUUCGCCUAUCGUUUUCUCCUUUUUCUCCCUCUUCUGCCUUUACUUAUUUUGCUCCCCUUUCUUAUCUAUUACACGACCUGCACAUCACACUUUACAACAACUGGUAUUCCUAAGCGGUGAUGUGGCCGUAAGCUUGAUUUCUUGUUUUUCUUCCAUUCACGCUGUCCAAUUCCUCUUUCUCUUCCCGUAUUUCUCUCUCUCUCUCUCUUUCUCUUUCUCUCUUUCUCUUUCGUUCUCUUUUAUCUUCAUUAAUUUUCUUCUUUUUCUAUAUUUUCUUCAUUUUCUCUUUCUUUUCCCUUUUUAUUUUCUUCUUUUUCCUAUAAUUUUCCUCCUCUUUCCCCCCCCCCAUUCAUUUCUCCCCCUCCUUGCCCAGUUCUUUUCUCUUAUCCAUUUUUAA